AUGUGUGGAAAAGAAUUUUGUCACAGGAGUAACUUAUCAGACCACAAGAAAACAUAUUCUAAGUGCCCAUUGUAUACAUUUGACAUGUGUGGAAAAGAAUUUUGUCACAGGAGUAACUUAUCAGUCCACAAGAAAACACAUUCUAAGUGCCCAUUGUAUACAUUUGACAUGUGUGGAAAAGAAUUUUGUCACAGGAGUAACUUAUCAGUCCACAAGAAAACACAUUCUAAGAGCCCAUUGUAUACAUUUGACAUGUGUGGAAAAGAAUUUUGUCACAGGAGUAACUUAUCAGUCCACAAGAAAACACAUUCUAAGUGCCCAUUGUAUACAUUUGACAUGUGUGGAAAAGAAUUUUGUCACAGGAGUAACUUAUCAGACCACAAGAAAACACAUUCUAAGUGCCCAUUGUAUACAUUUGACAUGUGUGGAAAAGAAUUUUGUCACAGGAGUAACUUAUCAGUCCACAAGAAAACACAUUCUAAGAGCCCAUUGUAUACAUUUGACAUGUGUGGAAAAGAAUUAUGUCACAGGAGUAACUUAUCAGACCACAAGAAAACACAUUCUAAGUGCCCAUUGUAUACAUUUGACAUGUGUGGAAAAGAAUUUUGUCACAGGAGUAACUUAUCAGUCCACAAGAAAACCACAUUCUAA